AUGGAACGCACGUUGUCAGUUGAAAUGAUCAUUACCGAGGAACUGGGGUGCAAAUUUUACAAACUCACACCUGCUUUGGUACAGAGCCUUGCUAGCAUUGAUUUUGAAUCACAAAAAAAAAAUUCAAUAAAAUCACGAUCAAUACAAAAGAAAGACCUUACAGCUAUGCCAAUGCCAGCAUAUAUAGCCAAAAUGUUGGAAGGAACUUUCACGAAGAGUCUCCACCUUCAAUUUGAAUGUUCAGCAUUUCUGCUUCCAUAA